AUGCCUCCUCGUCGUGGCACGAAGCGGGCGUACUCAGAGCCCCCUGUGGACGAGGAAUCUACCAAGAAGCGCAAACCGACCAAUGGUAAAAGGGAGGUUUCUCCUUCUCCUUCCUCCUCUGACUUUUCACCAGACGAAGAGGACCCCAACUAUGUUGACUACAGUGCGAUGUCUCAAGGAGACCAGCAUGAGGGGUCUUCACGGCCCCCGAGACAACAGCGAUGGAAACACAAUGGGCACGAGCCCAUUACCGAUCCAGCGCUUGUUCCAGAAGGCUGGAACGCCAACGAGCUAGAUCUCGACGUCAACGACAUCGAUAGUCAAAUUGAGAGAUGUGUGGAGAGAAUCAGUGAUAGAAUUUUGCCUGACUUCUUCAAGUUCAGACUGUCGCAGUACGAGAGAAGAAGAGCUGCUCGCGAUGAAAUGGUCCAUUCUGAACCGGCCGGACUCGGCUGGGACAUCGUUCGACGCUUGAAUCAUUUAAAAGAGAUCGAGACCCAUCUCAAUACCAAUAGGGACCCAGACAAUCAGCUUUCCAAUGUCAAAGCUCUCAUCAAAGCUUACAAGGAAGGAAAAUUAGGGUGGUCGAGAGGAUGGGUCAGCUACUGGUCGAAUGGCGUGCAGCUCAAUGAGCCGCAGAAGUUUGACGCGGAAUUUCACAAGAACCUGGCUGAGCAGUACGACACCACAAAAGCGUGGUGGGUGGAAGGUCUCCUACCUCCAGGUCAUAGCAAUCUAGGAGCCUUGCACUGGUUUCAGCCGCACACCCCCCUUCACUCGGUUGAGUUCCCGGUGGAUAUCGCGCCUGAUAGUCAACUUCCUGGCCUUACUGGCAUCAACAUAUGGACGUGUCAUGAUACUGGUGCCGAUAUAAUGGCGAUACCUCAAUGUUAUAUAGACCAACUGGAGGCGAUGGGUCUCCCCGUUCAUGUCCAGGGCUAUAAUAUCAUGGAUAUCCCUGGCGGAUCGUCUUGUCACAAGGUUGUGGAGGUUGACGUCCGUCUGACUGACCCCAAUGGUGGGCCUUUGUCCCAUUGGAUGAGAGUACAGGCUUGUGUUAUGCAAUCUCUACUAGGGCCUAAUUUUGGAAUGCCUCUUUCGGGGCCUUUCCUGCGAUUUGCGCUCUACACUGCAACAUGUCCAGACGGACAGGGACUUCUCUAUAGAUCUAAGGAAGUUGCCGGUUCUGCCAAACGAUUUCGUGCGAACGGCACCGCCACAUCUGCCUACCGCUCCUCCAGCUCCGGGGGGUGGACAACCACCCGAUUUUUUAAUGAGGCAGGUGAACGCCGCAAAACUACCCGCAGUGCCGGCACCCAUACUUCCACUUCCACCGAAGGCACCAACGGUACCAGCGAAGAGAGGGAAAAAAAGAAGGGCAAGGGAGCGGGCCCUUAA